AUGGGUGAAUCACGUCAAGAACUCAUCGCAUGGCUGAACAGCCUCCUCCAGCUCAACAUGACAAAGGUUGAGCAAUGUGGUACAGGGGCUGCUCUUUGCCAGGUGUUCGACAGCAUCUUCGGCGAUAUCCCCAUGGCUCGCGUCAAGUUCAAUGUGAACACCGAAUAUGCCUACAUUCAGAACUUCAAGAUCUUGCAGAACUCGUUUGCCAAGCACCAGGUUGACAAAUCGGUCCCCGUCGAGGCCCUGGUGAAGUGCAAGAUGCAGGACAACCUCGAGUUCCUGCAGUGGACGAAGCGAUUCUGGGACCAAUACUACCCCGGCGGCGACUACGAUGCUGUCAGCCGGCGGAAAGGACAGGGCAUGUCAGCCGGCGGUUCCGGUGCAGCACCGCGGGCCGCGGCCGCCGGCGGAGGGGCACGACGGGCCGUUGGGGGCACGACACCCUCGGGCGGACCUCGCCUGGGUGCCAAGGCAGCCCCGGCCUCGGCGGCGCUGCAGGCGGAGAACACCCAGCUCAAGGAGACGGUGGUGGGCCUCGAGCGCGAGCGCGACUUCUACUUCUCGAAGCUGAGGGACAUAGAGCUUCUCGUUCAGCAGGCAUGCGAGGAAGAUCCCGAGCUGGACAAGGAGGAGGGCUUGAUCAAGAACAUCCAGACCAUCCUGUACUCGACAGAAGAGGGCUUUGAGAUUCCCGAGGGCGAGGGCGAGGAUCAGGAGACGUUUUGA